UCUCAGCACAUCCACUUCAAAGAUCCCCAUAAUAUAAAAGAGCAUCGCUACAGAUCGCCCUUGCGAAUAUUGAAGGUUGCGGAUUUGAUCUUUCCGCUCUUGAACCUAUUUGAGUCACUGAGGGCUUGAAAUCUUGUUUGUAUCAAGAAUUGCCCGAUUUUAGGCUAUGGUGAAAGAGACCGAAUAUUAUGACAUAUUGGGAAUUAGUACGGAUGCAUCUCCAGUGGAGAUCAAGAAGGCUUACUACGUUAAGGCAAGGGUAGUUCACCCUGAUAAAAAUCCUGGAGAUCCAAAAGCUGCUCAGAAUUUUCAGGUUCUUGGGGAGGCUUAUCAAGUUUUAAGUGAUCCCGAGAAGCGUGAAGCAUAUGACAAACAUGGAAAAGUUGGAGUUGCACAGGACUCCAUGGUGGACCCUUCAGUUGUUUUUGGAAUGCUGUUUGGGAGUGAAUUCUUUGAGGAUUAUGUUGGGCAAUUGGCCUUGGCGUCUUUGGCAGAUGUUGAAAUUCAAGAAGAGUCACAGGUUCCUGAAGUUCGUGCGCAAAAAGUUCAGGAGAAGAUGAAGGCCUUGCAAAGGGAAAGGGAAGAAAAGCUCAUUACAAUCCUAAAAGAUCGUCUUCAACUAUUCGUUGAUGAUCGAGCAGAUGAGUUUGUGGAAUGGGCAAAAUCUGAAGCUCUCCAUCUUUCGGAAGCUGUGACAGAAGCCUCACUAUUUGGUUUGUUAAGUGCUGACGGUGCAGUGGUGGGGGGAGGGAAGGGAAGAGGUGGCAGUGCAAUGGUGGGUGGGGAAGGGGGCAGACAACAAGAGUCAAGGAACGGGCAUGGGUGUAAGGGGGAAAAAGCACGACAAGAGAAGGGAGGGAACGGUGAUGUCGGGGUCCCCUGGGAAGGGGAUGGGUGCGACGUGAAGCUUACUCUAUACUUCAUGUUGGCAUGUAAGAAAAACACACUACAUGUAUCUUGCCCUGAGUGCAAGACCUGUCCUCUGCUUGGUUUUGCUUUGUCUGCUUUUGGUGAGGCUAUGCUGCAUACUAUUGGUUACAUAUACACAAGGCAAGCCGCAAGAGAGAUAGGAAAGGACAAACGCUAUAUGAAGGUUCCAUUUUUAGCAGAAUGGGUAAGAGAUAAAGGACACAAGAUUAAAUCGCAAGUUAUGGCAGCCUCAGGUGCUGUGUCUUUAAUACAAAUACAAGAGGAGCUGAAGAAGUUGAAUGAAGGAGAAAACAAGGAAGAGAAUAUAAUCAAAACCAUUGAAGAUAAGAAAGAUGCUGUGGUUAAUUCCCUUUGGCAGAUUAAUGUGGUGGAUAUUGAGUUGACUUUAUCACACGUUUGCCAAGCAGUUCUUAAAGACCCUAGUGUUUCUAAGGAUGUUCUCAAACUGCGGGCCAAAGCAAUGAAGAAGUUGGGAACAAUAUUCCAAGGAGCGAAGGCAAUUUAUAAUAGAGAACAGAGUCUGCGCCAUGAGAAUGCUCUGAUUUAGUAGAUGGUGCUACACCCUCCAAGUUGGGUAAAUCUGAUGCCUGCUUCAGUUUUGGUGUUGUAUGCUGUUAUUUUUAGUGCUUGAUUUGACCCUGACCGACCGUAAGUGGGGGAAAUGCUUGCAAUUCUUACUGUACAGUUUGGCCCGAUCACUUGAUUUCUCAUUAGCACUCCAUGGCAUGGGCAUCAACCUUAAAGUUUGUUGUUUAUAAAGUAUUUACGCAAGGAUCCUUCUUUUAUUCUUUUGUUUUCAUCUUCAUUGUUCUGCUGUAAAUGUGUCAUCUGAGAUGCCACGUGGGGCCGCAAGCAUACUUUUUCCCAUGCAUUGGCCUCUGUUGUUUUAGUUCAUGUUUUAUACCAUU